AUGGCCGACUUUGUCAAGCUCUCCAUCUUUGGCACCGUAUUUGAGGUGACCACUCGUUAUGUCGACCUUCAGCCUGUAGGCAUGGGCGCCUUUGGCCUCGUAUGCUCGGCCAAGGACCAGCUCUCUGGCACAUCGGUGGCGAUCAAGAAGAUCAUGAAGCCCUUCUCUACCCCUGUUCUGUCCAAGCGGACGUACCGCGAGCUCAAGCUUCUCAAGCACUUGCGUCACGAGAAUCCAAAGUCAGCUGCUAGGCAAGAGUAUCUGCACAUUGGCCGAGUCGCAGCUGACCAGCAACAGAUCAUCUCACUCUCAGACAUCUUUAUCUCGCCCCUCGAGGACAUCUACUUCGUCACCGAGCUCCUCGGCACUGACCUCCACCGUCUCCUCACCUCGCGACCAUUGGAGAAGCAGUUCAUCCAGUACUUCCUGUACCAGAUCCUCCGUGGUCUCAAGUACGUCCACUCGGCUGGUGUUGUCCACCGCGACCUCAAACCCUCCAACAUUCUCGUCAAUGAGAACUGCGACCUCAAGAUUUGCGACUUUGGUCUUGCCCGUAUCCAGGACCCUCAGAUGACUGGAUACGUCUCGACGCGCUACUACCGCGCUCCCGAGAUCAUGUUGACUUGGCAGAAGUAUGACGUCGCAGUCGACAUCUGGUCCACCGGCUGCAUCUUCGCUGAGAUGCUUGAGGGCAAGCCGCUCUUCCCCGGGAAGGACCACGUCAACCAAUUCUCGAUCAUCACCGAGCUUCUGGGCACACCUCCCGACGAUGUCAUCCAGACCAUCGCUAGCGAGAACACCCUUCGUUUUGUUCAGAGCCUGCCAAAGCGUGAGAAGGUGCCGUUCACGACCAAGUUCCCGAACGCCGACCCCGUCUCGCUCAACUUGCUCGAGAAGAUGCUCGUCUUCGACCCGCGCACGCGUAUCUCUGCCACUGACGGCCUGGCACACGAGUACCUUGCGCCGUACCACGACCCAACCGACGAGCCGGUUGCCGCCGAGGUGUUUGACUGGUCGUUCAACGACGCCGACCUUCCAGUGGACACCUGGAAGGUCAUGAUGUACUCUGACAUUCUUGACUUCCACAACCUUGGCGACAUGUCGCAGAACGAGGCCGAGGGCCCUGUCACGGGUGACCUGGCCACGGCGACGGUUGCGUGAUGACUUUG